AUGGCCCGCGCUGCUGGCCUCCUCGCCGCGCUGGCCGCGCUCCUCGCCGCCGCCGCCGCUGCAGGCGGAGACGCCGGGCCUAGUAAAAUCGCCGUGGUCGGAGCUGGAAUCGGGGGCUCUGCCGUGACACACUUCCUUCAGCAGCAUUUCGGCCCCCGGGUGCAGAUCGAUGUGUUUGAGAAGGGGACGGUGGGUGGCCGCUUGGCCACCAUCUCAGUCAACAAGCAGCACUACGAGAGCGGGGCCGCCUCCUUCCACUCCCUGAGCCUGCACAUGCAGGACUUCGUCAAGCUCCUGGGGCUGAAACACCGGCGAGAGGUGGUGGGCAGGAGCGCCAUCUUCGGCGGGGAGAAUUUCGUGCUGGAGGAGACGGACUGGUACCUGCUGAACCUCUUCCGCCUCUGGUGGCACUACGGCAUCAGCUUCCUGCGCCUGCAGAUGUGGGUGGAGGAGGUCAUGGAGAAGUUCAUGAGGAUCUAUAAGUACCAAGCCCACGGUUACGCCUUCUCGGGCGUGGAGGAGCUGCUCUACUCGCUGGGGGAGUCCAGCUUCAUCAACAUGACCCAGCGCUCCGUGGCGGAGUCCCUGCUCCACGUGGGCGUCACGCAACGCUUUAUCGACGACAUCGUCUCGGCCGUCCUGCGGGCCAGCUACGGCCAGUCAGCAGCCAUGCCUGCCUUCGCUGGAGCCAUGGCACUAGCGGGGGCCCAAGGCAUCCUGUGGUCCGUGGAGGGAGGCAACAAGCUGGUUUGUUCCAGCCUGCUGAAGCUCACCAAGGCCAACGUGAUCCAUGCCACAGUGACCUCGGUGACCCUGCAGCAUACAGAAGGGAAACCCCUGUACCAGGUAAAGUAUGAGAAUGAAGCGGGCAGUAGCUUCGAUUUCUACGACAUCGUGGUCCUCGCCACACCCCUGCACCUGGACAACAGCAGCACCAUCGUGUUUGAAGGCUUCGACCCACCCAUUGAGGUCAUGCAGGACCCUUUCCAGCCCACCGUCAUCUCCUUGGUCCACGGCUACCUCAACUCUUCCUACUUCGGGUUCUCUGACCCUAAGCUCUUCCCCUUUGCCAGCAUCCUCACCACAGAUUUCCCCACAUUCUUCUGUGCCCUGGACAACAUCUGUCCCGUCAACAUCUCCACCAACUUCCGGCGGAAGCAGCCUCAGGAGGCAGCCGUCUGGCGGGUCCAGUCCCCCAAGCCUCUCCUCCGGUCCCAGCUCAAGACCCUCUUUCGCUCCUAUUACUCAGUGCAGACAGCCGAGUGGCAGGCCCACCCCCUCCACGGCUCCCGCACCACUCUGCCUCGCUUUGCACUUCACGACCAGCUCUUCCAUCUCAACGCCCUGGAGUGGGCGGCCAGCUCCGUGGAGGUCAUGGCCGUAGCUGCCAAGAACGUGGCCCUGCUGGCUUACAACCGCUGGUACCAGGACCUAGACAAAAUUGACCAGAAGGACUUGAUGCACAAGGUGAAGACUGAACUAUGA